AUGCGUACUCUUAUUGAAGAUACGCCAGCAACGGACAAAUCUAGCUACAUUCGUCGUAAAAUCAUCGAAAAUUUCGCCGAGAGUCAACAACGCCGUCUUCAACGUGUUUUGAAAGAGCUUCCACUGGGUGACCGAAGGCCGAGCGAUUUGUACAAUGAAAUGCGACGAACAGCAGGUACCACGCUCAGCGAGAGCAUACUACAUGAUCUCUGGGUCAGUCGCUUGCCACCGUACGCACAAGCAGCUAUCAUCGCCACUAGCGUUCCAAUUAGUGACAAAAUUAAAAUCGCUGAUUCUAUCACAGAAUGUUUAUCAUUGAAGGACGGUGGACAAAUUUUUGAGGUUAGAUCCGAAUCGCAACCGCAGGGUGAGUUAAGUGAUAUACGAAACGAAAUUGCUGCUCUUUCGAAAACCGUAGGACAGUUGAUGCGGAACGUUAAAUCCACCGGACGGCAGCGCAGUAGAUCUACGUCACGUGGGAGACCGGUAAUUCAACAUACGAACAGUUUUUGUUGGUAUCAUGCAAAAUUUGGUGCAAAUGCCACUAAAUGUCGCCAACCGUGCUCGUUUACUCCAGUAUCCAGUUCAAGUCAAUGGGUCAGCUCGGCUAAUACCAUAUCAGGCCCGGCAAAGCACUCUGAUAAUCCAGCAGGUCGUCGCCUUUUGCAUUUACGACACUUCGGCGAAAAUUAG